AUGAAGCAAAUAAAAGGCAACUUGUAUUUUGUAUCUUUACUAUUACUCGGUCUUUUUGCACUCUUAUAAGAAUCUUAUGCCCAAAAAAAUCUCAAAUAGUACUUUGUGAAAGAGCAAUAAUUAAACGACAAUGGUACUUUAUUUUCAAAUGAACCUAACAAGACAUCAACUUAGCAAGAACCCUUAAUAAAUGGGAUAAGUGAUAAUACUUAGUAAAAGGAUCAUUAAAACUUUGAAACUGAUAAAAUUUAACUUGAAAACUAUUGGCUGGUGCUUUGGGUUAUUAUAAUGGGGAGUAUUUCAGCUGGAUUCAUUAAAUUUUUUUACUGUGGAAAAUAAAAUCCUGAACUUGAUGAUUACUACAGAAAUACAUGA